AUGUCUUUAGCUUAUGUUUUGGUAGCAGCCCAGCCACUCAGUAGCAAUAGCACCCUGGACGACAUCAGCUUUAAGGAUAUCCUCACACGCUCUCUAUUCUCCCUCUAUGGCUCCGUCAACGGCAGCUUCUACGUUGAUGUACUCGCCGUUACCCAAAAGCAAUCCAAUGGCUUACAAAAAGUCGCUUUAAAAUGCUCAUCAAAACACCAACAACUCCUCGAAAAUGCAAUAAGUAUGGCACCAACCAGUCAAACUACUUUUCUAGAUAGCGCUUUUAAGCUAUCCGUAUUAGACUCUGCAAACACUCCCUCCAUUCUCAACACAAUCACUCAAUCAGAGUACAUCGAUGCACAACUGUCACAGUUUUAG